AGGUCGCUAGCAUGGUGCUAGUUCCCAGUAGUGAACUAUUAGUUAAGGUUACUGAGGGAGCAAUUCAGACCUGUUAGCUUCACCAGACACCACUUGUCUGCUGAAUGUCUCUUAGAUUGAUUUCUACCUUGCUUAUCGAGGACAGUACAUGCUUUGUGAAAAAUAACAAUGCUGUUUAUCUUAUUUUGUUCAUUAAUGAGCUAUUGAAACAUCAUAUUUCACUAGUUUUGGGAUAGCACCAACUGGAAAAAAAGUUAAUCUCAUGUUGUGAUGGAAUUUUCUGUCAGUUCCUCUCUCCUUGGUCGGGGGGUCAGAGUGUCUCUCAGAGUGUCCCUCUGUUGACAUUAUUGGGUUGGAGUCCUGUCUUAUUAUCUGUCCAGCUGUGUCUGUAGUGGGGACCAUAGAGCCAGUUGCCGGGGUAACCAGGGUCAGAGAUGCCAGAGGAACCGAGAUGUCUUUAUCCCGGAUUCAGAGUCUGAGACUGGCAGCCGUACUGGAGGACUGUUCAGACCAGUUGGACAUACUGGGACAUACCCUGACGGUGCAGAUAGACAGGGAGCGAGGCACUGCAGCGGCACAGGAGAGAGCCAGGCUGACCAAGCUGAGGAGAGACUGUCAGUACAUCUCACAGGAGGUUCACAAGCUGCAUUUGGAGCUGGAGGAGAAGCAGAGCUUCAGUUGUCUGCUGCAGGUGGUGGAGGAAGAGGAGCAGAGGGAGAAGGCUGAGAAUAUGAGAAGAGAGGCAAAGAGAGAGCUGGAGCAAAGACGACAAACUCUACGGAGACAGAAAGAGGAGCUCCAACAGAAAUCAGAGGAACUGAAGGACAUGUCCCAGCUGGCCAAAGAUCUGAAGCAUCAGCUGAAUGUGCAGUCAUCAAAGAUUGCCAUCAAGAAGAAGCUUGAGGAGAAAAACAUUGAGCUGCAGCUCCAGCAGGCACAAAGGGAGACCAGCCAGGCUGAGAAGCUGCUGGAGGACCAACAGGAGUGGCUGCAGAAGCAGCUGAUGGAGGAGAGGAGAGUUCACGAGGAGUCAGAGAAAUUCCUGCAAAAUCAACACGAGGAGUUGCAGCAACAGCUGCAGGAGUGGCAGCAGAGCACCAAACAGAUGCAGCAGGAGAAGGAGCAGCAGCUCAACAAUGUGUGCUGCAAAAGAACAGUGAAUCUGGACCGACUGAUGGAGAAGAGGAGGAAGUUCAGGGAGAUGGAGCAGGUGGUGCUGGAGGACAGGGAGGAGCAGGAGAAGCUGCGUCAACAGCAGGCGGAGGCCAAAGCUGCUACCAAGCUGCAGGCGUGGUGGAGAGGCUGGAUGGUGCGCCGGGGCCUCGGUAGUUUUAAAAAAGCAGAAGAAGGCAAGAAAGGCAAGAAGGAAGGAAAGAAGAAGAAGAAGAAGAAGAAGAAAUGAGUUUUCUCCAACACUCCUUUGAGACAUUGAAAUGAAUUCAAAGACAAUAAACAGCAAUCUCUGUAUCUUCUUUGUACUU